AUGGCCAACCGUCGUCCAGAUGUCCUUGAUUACCCCACUGGGACAACAGUGCUUCGCAUCUUCCAGGCCAUCUUGAGUAUCAUCAUUGUCAUUGUUGUGUCCUUCACUGUCAGCGCCGGUAUUUUUGCAGGGAAUGGCCUCACGCUCUUUGCCAGUUCUGCCACCCUGGCCAUCUCCCUCUGGAUGAUCAUGGCCCAUAUUUCAUUAGCCCAUCUAUACAACUACUGGGCUGGCCUGUCGCUCGAUAUUUUCCUUCUAGUCUUAUGGAUCAUCUCAGUAGCGGUACUUGCCAGCCAGACAGCCUUUCUAUGGGGGGCAAGCAAUGACAUCUGUCGGGAACAAGACUGCCCGGACGCAUUCAAAGAUGCUACCAAAUUUUCUGGAUAUCUUUUUGCUGCCAUUGCUGGAUUGGGUGGCAUCGAGUUCAUAUUUUCCUGCAUCUUCCUCACCUUCCACGCGAUUAUGACUUUUCGCCAGCGCCGAUAUAACCGUAUUGGCAUUAACAUUGAAUCCGGACCCAUUGAAAAUUAUCCUAGGCAUCCCCAGGAGCCAACUGAAUACCAUCACUUGGCACCAGAGAGAACAUAA